GCUCUUCCGGUGGGGGGGUGUCGGGUUACCGGGUCGCAAUUGCGGGGCGUGUGUGUCACCAGUCGCUUGGUGACACUUGACGAAUAGUGAAGUUUUUGUGUGUGAUUUCAAUAUUUUUGUGAGGAUUUUUUUUUCAAUUGGUGGAGAAUGCCUCAUCAUGGGAUACAAUGCAGGGCGUCCCGAUCUUCAAAUGGGGAUGAGCUUAUUUCCACCGGCGGUGCUUUCAUCGGGAUUCGCCCCGAAUCGGGGAAUGGAUCGGGUCGACAGCUCGACGAUCCCGUGUUUCGGUUUGUGCGGGUCGUCAGACGGCUCGUCGGUCCCGUCGCUUCACGUCCGGGGACUGGACGGGCAGGUUAUCCAUUUCCCCUGGUGUCACCCUUUGGUAUCAGACUAAGUUGGGGCUAUCGGAGUCCUCUAUCGGCGCCUUGUUAAUGGGACCGGUGCGACGCAUUUUGGAAGAAUCGGGUGAGUCCCCUUUUCGUUAUGUGGACAUCCCGACUGCCCAUUGUCCAUUCGCGGAGCAUCAGACCUGGACGUUUAUCGAACGCGUCAGGCUGCGUUGGAAACCGCGGGCUGCUGGCCGUUCUGCUGGGCAUCGUCCAGCUGCUGAGCGUGAGGUUCAGGUCAUCGGUGAUGACCACUCCCAGGAUGGUGGCCAUCCUGAACGACCUUUGCCCGUGGUGCCUGGACCGUCUUCCUCCGGCUGGGGUGGUUCUCGCCCAGGUGCUGGGCGUCCUCGAGGUUCCGGCCGUCGACGAGGAUCCGGACGUCGUCUCCCAGAAUCCCGACAGUCGUCGGUGAUUCCGUCUGGUUCAGCUGUUGCUCCAUAGCUGGUAAGCUGAUCCCCUUUUUUCGUUAUCAUUACCCUCUAUGCUGUGUGGGGUGUUUAUAAUCUCUUUUCUAGGAAUCUUUCCUUUUCUUCUCCCUUUUUUGUUCUUCGUUGACGUGUGGUCAUUCAGUCGUUGUCCGUCUGUCACGUCGUUCGUUUGUGGUUUGUUUAUUGUUGUAUAAUGGUGUUAUCCGCUGGCGAUCCGAUUGUGCGGGUGUUGGAGGAGCUCAUAGAGACAGCUCCCUUCGUUGGGUCCCUGAUUCGUGGUGGUUCACGGUUUUAGGAUCUCCCCGAGUUGUUGUUAGAGCCUCUUCCCUCUUGGGUUCCACGGGAAAUUUUUGAAUAUCGUAUGGCUCUUACUCUUCCCGCCAUCCGGUCUGGCCAAUAUUUUGGGUUGGGGUUGAUCGAUCUUCUCAAUAGCCAGCGGUAUUCUUGUGAGAUGACAGGUCAUCCUUUCUGGGUUCCGGGUUUUGAGGUUGGGGAUUUUGACGUUGUUCUCCCGGUAUCCUUGGAGUCUUUUCCCUGGGAAACCGUUCAAGAGGUUACUGACCUCUGGCUUACCCUGACGGUGGAGGGUUAUUAUCGUGUCCCUCUGUUCUCCCAUUCUGCCCCGUGUCUUUUGUUUAAUCUCCUCUACGAUGCUUGUUGGGAUCGUGUGGAGAGUAUCCUCAGGAUGGGUAUUACUCGUGAGGCUCGGCGACAGGAUAAUCUGCGCCUAUGGUUGUCGGGUGAUUUUUGUCUCCCCCGUCUCUUUAUUGAGGGUCCCUGCCCGGUGGCUCCUCGUAUGUAUCAAUACGGGGAUGAUCCUCUGGAAUAUCUUCCAUAUUUGUCCGGGGAUCCUACUCUCGGGGAGGAGAUUGUCGAUGAGUACGACUGGUUUGCCUUCUUUGAGUAUGUUCGUGGGGAUGUUUUGAUCGUAUUCGCGGUGUCUAAGGCUGAGGGAAUCCUCCCGGUUCUCCUGAUGCGGCCAUCGUAUGACCUUCCCUGGUUUACUGCGUCCAGGACUUAUAUUUUUUUAUUUUUCUAAAAAUAUUUUAAUAUAUUUUUUUUUUCUGAAAAUUUCAUUGUUGUUUUUUUUCUUUCCCCAUCCAGCUCGCCUCCAGUUCGGUUUCCGGAGUCAACUGCUGCCAAAUUAGGUGAUGCCUCUUCUUUAAUUAUGGUCCUGUUCACUCGGACGGCCAGCAGACGAUCCUUCGUGCAAGUUAUCUCCAAACGCUCUGGCAGUAUCCAUUUUCU